AUGACGACAGCGCGCGCAAUAUACUUAGCGGAUGACCAGGCUUAUAUAUCGGAUGUCAAAUUCUCAGCACGUCGGUGUAAUUACUCAUACGAUAGAUGGCUUGACUACCCAGAUUCACAAGUUGCCAAUUUGGUUCACAACUGUUGUUGGGAAAUCUUCACACGCCACUUCAAAGAUGACCGCCUUGACCUAAAAAGGCUUUUUCAUGUCAUGAGUAGACUGCCAGAAGACUACUAUGGGUACCGUCGCUUCCAAGCAAUUGAAUGGCUACCGGUCUCUAAAAUGUGGCAUCCUUUCACCACAGGUUUCACCUACCUGGAAGAGGAUAAAGAGGAUAAGAAUAGCGGCCGCGCGAACAAGAGAGAUUGGCACCAAAUAUACUACAAAACCCAACCUGCGAGAAUGUUGAGGAUAGACAUUUGCGUGAGGACGAAAAUACCAGUUUCUGAGGAAGAACAGAGACUUGUUGCUGAUGCUUGCUGGCAUACAAUGAAUCGUCAGAUUUUGACAGGCUUUUGGAAGUGGAAACCGGAGAUACCUCAAGAAUGCGAGGUAACCGAGAAUAUCAUUCUCCCUGAGGCCUUGGUCAAGAUUGGGAUUUGGGUUUUUCGAACUCCACUUGGUUCUUUCAUUGCCGGCAUGGAAUUCAUUACCGACAGUAUGGUUACUGACAAAGCAUUCGGGUAUCGAAUUCCGGGAGAGCGACACGUAAUUGACAUCGGAGCACGGGAACAUUUUCGGGGAUUCGAGGUUUGUAGUGACGAUGAUAGGAUUUGUGCCAUUCGAGUCUACACUACCAGAGCUACAUCUGCGUCAGAUCAGCCCUUGGAACUCCAUUCAUCGAUAUGGGUUGGUUCGCCAACAGAAAUCAAAUAUGAUAAACCAGAUACGGAUAUUCAAAGUCUGAUUUCAAACAAGGAGGUUCUUGCUGUCCAAGCGGGAUUUGAGGACUACAAGCUGACUGCUCUGGCAAUCGGAACAUGCAUUAAAGCUCCAACGGAGACAAUGAAGUGA